ACCAUGCCUGCUGCACGGAGUCUCUACUAACAGGAUGAAUUGACAACACUGAGAAAGGCAAAAAUAAAGAAGCCACAGGCGAGGAGGUCCAGGAACCAGAGGGCUGCUCUCUUAGUUUUGCCUUUUUAUACAUAUAUAGAUAUAUUUUGUUUUCUUUUUCUCAUAUAUUUAUUUGUGGCCGUGAAGGAGCCAUGAGCAGUAGUCAUGGGUACCGGGCAUCGUGGUGGACCUAUAUACUGCACCAGGUCCCGCACACUAAUUUCCAGUUUGAAGUGGUGGACAACCAGUUUGCCCCCCAGGAAUGGCCCUAUCAGCAGGCCCUUCUGUUUUUAGCCAGCAUUGCUGGACUUUGCCUGGCCAUCAGCCUCAUCUUGAUCUGCGUGUAUUUAAUCCGAUUCUGCUGCUGCUCCUCUCAGGAAGAUGACGACUCGAAGAGCCAUCGUGUCUGCUGUGUCACCUGGAGCUGUGUCGCUGCUGUCAUUAUCUGCUGUGCUGGAAUUGGCAUUGGUUUCUAUGGAAACAGCGAAACAAACGACGGAGUAUACCAAGUGACCUAUUCUCUCAUGAAUGCCAACCAUACACUGACCUCCAUCAACCUGCUGAUUUCAGACACAGUGGAGCUUCUCAGUUCCGUUGUGAGGAGUGACCUGACCCAGCUGGAGGAGAUCUUCUCUAAGCGCACCGAGUUUUUGGUGAUGAUCCGUAAUACCAGGCGGCAAGUGGAGUCUGUGGCCCAGCAGCUGGCAGAGAUUUCUUUCUGGAAAGGACCUGAACCAAAUCCAAACGCCUUAGCAGAGCAAGUUAAUUUCAUUGAGGAUUAUAGGUGGCUGGCUUAUAUUCUCCUCCUCCUCCUGGAUCUGAUUAUUUGUCUGUUCACCUUACUCGGCCUUGCCAAGCAAAUCAAGUGGCUGGUAAUUGUGAUGACAGUGGUGAGCUUCUUUGUGCUCUUACUGAGCUGGGGAUCCAUGGGACUAGAAAUGGCCACGGCUGUGGGACUGAGUGAUUUUUGCUCUGAUCCAGAUGCAUAUGUGAUGAAUCAGACCCAAGCGAUUACAAACAUUAACCCCGAUAUCCUGCAGUACUAUAUCUCCUGUAACCAGGAUGUGACCAAUCCCUUCCGGCAGAGGCUAACUAUGUCCCAGCGGGCCCUGUCCAACAUCCAUUCCCAGCUCCAUGGCCUGGAGAGAGAAGCUGUGCCUCAGUUUCCAACUGCUGAGAAAAACUUAUUGGUGGUCCAAGGGAUGCUGAAUACGACUGAAGGCAAUUUCCAUCAUCUUGUGGCACUUCUGAACUGCAGGGGGCUUCAUAAGGACUAUGUGGAUGCUCUGAAGGGACUUUGCUAUGAUGGCAUGGAAGGCAUACUCUUCCUUUUACUCUUUUCUUUCCUUUCCGCUCUCUCCUUUACUGCUGCCAUCUGCAGUUUGCCCCGGGCAUGGAAACGCUUUCAGAACAGGGACCUGGAUUAUGAUGACAUGGACGAGGAUGACCCUUUUAACCCUCAGGCACGUAGAGAGAUGCUCCACGUGACAGGCAGGCCUCACCUGCCCAGUUUCUAUAGCUACAGCAGUAGCUGCGACAGUCACAGCAGCCUGCGGGUCUCGGCCCCGCCUAUUUCCAACGCCCCCGUCUCACAGUACAUGAAUCAAAGCGCUUUGUCCAGUGGCAAUCCUCGAUUUGAGAAUAUUCCUUUGAUUGACAGACAGUCACCACCCCCUUCGUAUUCUCCCAGCAUGCGAACAUCUUUUAUAAGUGCAACCCAGGAAGAGACUGAUACACCCUGCAGAACAGACGUGGCAUUCUAGUACAAAUCCUUUUUGCUGAAGACACCUUCCCUCCUCAUUUUUGACUAACAAGCAAAAUAAAGACUGAGCUUUUGUGCUCUUGAUGGCGUUGGCAGGAACAUUUGGACACUGGAACCAAUCGGUGUCCCCUUUGUAUUCAAUUCCAUUACUUCUCUGUGGUGCCAGGCAAAUUGACCGGUCUCUCGGUUUUUCUAUUUUUUUGUAUUAGUUCAUGUUUUAUUUACCUCAUCAGACUCUUUCCACUUUGUUUUCCUUGUAUAACAUCCACUGGACCUACCAAGUGACCUCCAGGGGGGCACCAUGGGGCGUCUGUACAGAAGAGUUCUUUAGAAAGCCAUACGGAGGAUGCCAAGUGAGGGGGUUCUUUGCCAAGCGUGGGACAUUAAUUAUGGACAAGUAAAAAGGAAAUCAUGAAACUAAUAUUCUUUCUCUAACGUCCCAUUACCCCCAACACGGGAUGUAACUGCCAGCAGAAUACCCCUGGCUGGCAUGUGAAAAAUGCAUUAAGUGGGAGUAAAAAGGAAGCUGAAUGAGCCUAGAACGCAGGACCAAGGACUUUGCUGCUGCAUAACGCUCUCCUUCAAACUUGGAUUGAUUUUUAAUUAGAACGUCGUUAACACUAACUCAUAUUUUACAAUGACUUGAAAUAAAAGGGAAAAACACUUUA